CGCUGGAUUGAGCCGGCGUUUGGUGAUAUAGGUGCUGUUAUCUGGAAGGAAAUGUCCGACUAACAUGUGAUCAAAUAUUAACAGGACUCGGUUUGGCAAGGGGGCGAAUAAUACACGUGACGAGACGCGGGGAAUCGGCAGCACAAUCACAAAGUGGGCACUCAAACAAAAGUAGGCUAUAUAGAUAUUUUCGUGGCCCCCUCUUUUUUUAGUUCCCCCGGCUGCAUGUGUGUGUGAUGCUUUCAGCACGUUGGACAGAGGCACCGGAGUCGUGCGUGGACUAAAAAAACACCGAGUGGACGCCAACUCUCUUCCUCGCUCCUUUUUUUCCUUCCCAGUCCCCCAGUUUGACUUAAAGAAAAAGCCUUGGGAUUGUUUUUGUUUUCAACUUUUGGUAAGCUUAUUCUAAAGGAAGCCUGUGGUGGGAAAUAAAAGUGGGGUUUUUUUUUUCAAAGAGAGAAUAAUACAAAAUAGAAAAAGCAAAGCCAUUAGGAGCUUGUUUAGGUUUUUUUUUUUUUGUAAAAAGCAGUGCCAAAGUUUAAAUGUGAGGUCUGGUGCUGUUUGCGCGCGGCACAUCCUCGGUGCACUAACCUAUAAGCCCCCCCACACUGCGUUAAACUUUUGGACAUGCAAGUCUUGGCCGCGGAGAUCUAACCACGCUGCGUAGUGGUUGUCAGCGCUUGUGAAGUUCCACCAGGUUAGAAGAGUGAUGACCAUCCUGUUCCUUACUAUGGUUAUUUCAUACUUCAGUUGCAUGAGAGCUGCGCCCCUGAGAGACGCCCCGGGCAUGCGGGGCCAUCGGACGGAAGGCUACUUGGGCGCUGCUGCGACGGCCGCACGAGGCCAUGGGACUCCACAGAGUGGUGGUGGGCCAGGCCAGCGUGGGGAACUGCCCUCGCUCACAGACACGUUUGAGCAAGUGAUAGAGGAGCUGCUGGAGGUGGAGGGCGAGGCGGCACAGCUGGGACAGGGGCCUGAUAAGAGCCAGGGAGGUGGGGGCCCGUCCUCUGUGGUCAACGCGGAGAGCAAGGAUGUCGACCUGUACGACUCACGGGUGAUGAUCAGCAACCAAGUGCCUUUGGAGCCGCCCUUGCUCUUUCUCCUGGAGGAAUACAAAAACUAUCUGGAUGCCGCUAAUAUGUCCAUGAGGGUGCGGCGACACUCCGAUCCCUCACGGCGUGGAGAGCUCAGUGUGUGUGACAGUAUUAGCCAGUGGGUGACAGCUGUGGAUAAAAAGACGGCAAUAGACAUGUCUGGGCAGCCAGUUACCGUAAUGGAAAAGGUCCCUGUCCCCAAUGGCCAACUGAAGCAGUACUUUUAUGAGACCAAAUGCAACCCCAUGGGGUACACAAAGGAGGGCUGCAGAGGAAUAGACAAGCGGCAUUAUAAUUCCCAAUGCAGGACAACCCAGUCCUACGUGCGAGCGCUUACCAUGGAUAGCAAAAAGAAGAUUGGCUGGCGGUUUAUAAGGAUAGACACUUCAUGUGUAUGCACAUUGACCAUUAAAAGAGGGAGAUAGUGUAUAAAAUGUAUAGAUUUUAUUGAAGAGUUUAAAAAAGAGAAUAAAGAGAAAAUAUCUAUUUGUAUAUAUACAUAACAGGGUAAAUUAUUCCGUCAAAUGAAAAUUUUAUGGACUGCAUGUAAAAAAAGAUGAAGUUUAUACAGUAAAAGUGAUACUACAGUCUAUUUAUUGAACAUAUUCAUGACCUUGUAAACAAUUAAAAAAAAUCUGAUCAGUCAUUUGCGCCCAGUUUAAAUUACUAUAUCACAUUCCUCAAGACAUUGUGAUUUGUUUACGUUGCCAAGAAUUAGAAAAAAUGAAGGAAAAAAAAAAAACAGGCAAGGAAUGAGAGAGGACGGUUCCAUCUUCAAAAGCUUGCAUGCUGCUUCAAUUGUGAAUCGAGAAAUUCUCCACUAACAAAAAAAAAAAAGGAUAUGAUGCUGACCAAAAAAAACAUUCCGUUUACAUAUUCAGCAGAAAACAACUUUCCUCUCAAGUAAUUUAUCUGUUUACUGUUCUAAACUUCUCAAGGUAAUGUUGAAAUUACAUACUAUGUCAAGGUGCUGUUGUCAAAGCUUUGCUGUUUAUUUUUUUAUCCCCACCA